AUGGAGCUUCUAAUCCUGUUUAAUUCUGUCUUAGCACUAGUUGUUAUGCUCCUUGUCCUCAGGAUAUACGAUGCUUUUAUGAUCAUUGUUUGGCAGCCAUUUGUGUUGACCAGAAGAUUCAAGAAACAAGGGAUCUCAGGCCCUAAAUACAAAAUCUUGUACGGAAACCUCGGCGAGAUAAAGAAGAUGAAGAGAGAAUCUGAGCUUUCAAUUCUUGAUCUAAACUCCCAUGAUAUUUCCCCUCGCGUUUUUCCUCAUUAUCAACAAUGGAUGUCUCAAUACGGAGAGACAUUUCUUUACUGGAGCGGAACACAGCCGAGAAUAUGCAUAUCAGAUCCUGAACUUGUCAAACAGAUCUUGACGACCAAGUCGGGUUCCUUUGUUCAACCAAACUUGAGACCCGAGCUCCUUCAACUUCUCGGCAGAAAAGGACUUGCCCAUGUCGAUGAUGCUGAUUGGGUUCGCCAUAGAAAGAUCUUGAAUCCUGCUUUCUCCAUCGACAGGAUCAAGGUCAUGACGAAAGUGAUGGUGGAUUGCACAGUGAGGAUGUUAGAUGAGUGGAGAAAUGAUAAAACAGAGAAACUGGUGAUGAAGAAGGAGAUGAAGAGAGAGUUUCAUAGAAUAACGGCUGAUAUUAUAGCGACCGCAGCGUUUGGAAGCAGUUACGCAGAAGGAAUCGAUGUGUUUAGGUCACAAGAAGAGCUUAUGAACUGCUGUGUUCUCUCUAUCACUGACAUCUUCAUCCCUGGAAUCCAGUAUCUUCCUACGCCUAUGAAUUUUCGGAUAUGGAAACUGGAUAGGAAAAUAAAGAACUCGAUCAAGAAAAUUAUAGAUUCAAGACUAGAGUCAAAACCAGACUACGGAGAUGAUGUUCUUGGAAUCAUGUUGAGAUCUUGCGAAUCUGAGAAGAAGGAACAGAAGCUGAGCAUUGAGGAGAUCAUAGAUGAGUGCAAGACUAUCUUCAUCGCAGGAUACGAAAGUAAUUCGAAUCUAUUGGCAUGGACAACGCUGCUACUGAGCUUGCACCAAGAUUGGCAGGAGAAACUCAGAGAAGAAAUUUUCAAAGAAUGUGGUAAAGACAAGAUUCCAGAUUCGGACACUUUCUCCAAACUCAAACUGAUGAACAUGGUGUUCAUGGAGACGCUUCGCCUAUACGGACCAGUAUCACAUUUUUUCCGAGAAGCAUCAAAAGACUCCAAGAUAGGAGACCUAGAGAUUCCCAAGGGCACAACCGUAGUUUUCAACCUUCUCAAGAUGCAGAGCGACAAGGCCAUUUGGGGACCCGACGCCGACAAAUUCAACCCGCUGCGAUUCGAGAACGGCGUUUCCCAAGCAGCCAACCACCCAAACGCUCUCGUCGCCUUUUCACUGGGACCAAGAACUUGCAUUGGCCAAAACUUUGCAAUGAUCGAAGCCAAGACCGUCCUCACCAUGAUCCUUCAACGGUUCCGGCUUAGUUUAUCCGACGAGUAUAAGCAUGCACCGGUGGAUCAUCUCCUUGUAAUGCCUCAGCAAGGCUUACCCCUAAUGCUUCAGCCUCUUGAGGAUUGA